UGUGCAUGUUUAGUUUCAGAAUGGCUUCGGUUAUUGCCUUUCCUUGGUGUGCUUGCACUACUUGGCUACCUUGCAGUUCGUCCGUUCCUCCCGAAGAAAAAGCAACAGAAGGAUAGCUUGAUUAAUCUUAAAAUACAAAAGGAAAAUCCCAAAGUGGUGAAUGAAAUAAACAUUGAAGAUUUGUGUCUUACUAAAGCAGCUUAUUGUAGGUGUUGGCGUUCGAAGACGUUUCCUGCCUGUGAUGGUUCACACAAUAAACACAAUGAAUUGACAGGAGAUAAUGUGGGCCCACUAAUACUGAAGAAGAAAGAAGUAUAAUAGUAGUGAAGUAGGGUGGAAUUGAGUUGUGUGCUGUAAAAUCUUAUGACAAUAUUUUUUCAUUCUUUGUGUGUAGAAGAUCUUUCAAAUGGUGGUUUUUAUUAUUGCUACUGGUUGAAUAAUUAUUUCUGCCAAUUUAUUUUCUUGCUACACUACUCUGUAUUUGAUACUUUGUAUAUUCAUUUAUAUAGAAAGCAAAUUGAACAACUCUUUCAUUCUAACUUCAAAGAAUAUAUCUUCCUAUAAUAAAACUAACACUUUUGAUUUUCAUUAACUGAGAAAAAUCUAAGUUUUUGCAAUGAGUCCAAAGCUGUUUCUUUGAACAUCAAUAUUUUCAACAGACUCUAUAUUUUAGUAUUUUCUCCCUACACUAUUAAAUAUAUUAUUUUUUAGUGCUCUUCUGUUUUGGUCAUUUGAAGUGAUUUUUUUUUCCCCUUUUGGGAAUUCCAUAUUCCAUUCUUUUUAGAUCAAUAAGAAAAAUCUUGCUGUCAAGAAUUGCUUGAGUUUUCAAAGAGAAACUCUUUACUUUAUAAAUAUUGUUGCCUAUAAAUAUGAAUAUCCAAAUUUCAGAAAAGAUGGGGAACUGGGUAUAAAAAGUUCCAACAAGGAACAAUUAUUUACUUUAUAAAAGAUUUGUUUACUUCAUAAAAGGUUUAUUUGUGUCUGUUUAUGUGUGUUGUGUAUAUGUAUCUUGAGCCAUCUGACUCAGUGACAAUGUGGGGCGGGGUGGCAAGAACACUUAUGGCUAAACAAACUCAUGAGCUGCUACAGUUUGAAGGUCAAUUAGGAAUAAAGUAUAUCCGAAUUUACAUUAAAAUGAUAAUAGUUCAGUGUUCAAAGCUGUUUCAAUAUGAACGUUUUAAUCAUCUUUAUUACAAAAGGUUUGAAAAAUAAAAUUACUGGAGAAUCUUUA